CACAAUUAUAUCCACAAUCCUUCAAAAUGGUAAGUAUCUAUCAGAUUUUUGUUACGCGAGAAGAGACGUGCUACGAAGGGCCGGAGGAGAAGACAGGCAGAGCUCGUCGGCCUAAAGCCCCGUUUCCCUUCAAAGGCGUGCGAAUUGCUCGCACCGAAUGCCAUCGAAGAGGUUACUCCAUUGGUCUAGUGUUUACCGGAGCGGGCUUGCCUUGUCCCAGCUGCUAUCGUACUUGCUCGCUGCUCAAUUAUCCACACCCGUUAUUCGAGUGCUUUUCGCAUCUGCAGUGCUCGCUUUUCUGCUCAAUACUAACCUUCAGGCUGGUGCAAUGGAAAACGCUCGCAAAGAGAUCAAGCGUAUUAGCUUGGAAGACGCCGAUGAAUCCCAAUACGGCCAGAUCUACUCGGUCUCCGGGCCCGUCAUUGUUGCCGAAAACAUGAUUGGGUGCGCGAUGUACGAGUUGGUCAAGGUCGGCCACGACAACUUGGUCGGUGAGGUCAUCAGAAUCGACGGUGACAAGGCCACCAUCCAGGUUUACGAGGAAACCGCCGGUGUUACCGUUGGUGACCCGGUUUUGCGUACCGGGAAGCCGCUUUCGGUUGAGUUGGGUCCGGGGUUGAUGGAGACCAUCUAUGACGGGAUCCAGCGUCCGCUCAAGGCGAUCAAGGAAAAGUCACAGUCAAUUUACAUCCCUAGGGGGAUUGACGCCCCGGCGUUGAGCCGUACCGUGUUGUAUGACUUCAAGCCGGCCAAGCUCCGCGUGGGCGACCACAUCACCGGUGGUGACAUUUUCGGGUCCAUCUACGAAAACUCGUUGCUCGAGGACCACAAGAUUCUCUUGCCGCCUAGAGCUAGAGGGACCAUCACGUGGAUCGCGGAAGCUGGCUCUUACAACGUGGAGGCUACCGUUUUAGAGGUUGAGUUCAACGGUGAAAAGAGCUCGUACUCGAUGAUGCACACCUGGCCCGUGCGUGUGCCUAGACCGGUCGCCGAGAAGUUGUCUGCAGACUACCCGUUAUUGACUGGCCAGAGGGUCUUGGACUCGUUGUUUCCGUGUGUCCAGGGUGGGACCACGUGUAUCCCGGGCGCUUUCGGGUGCGGGAAGACCGUUAUUUCCCAGUCCUUGUCCAAGUACUCUAACUCGGACGUGAUCAUCUAUGUCGGGUGUGGUGAGAGAGGUAAUGAGAUGGCUGAAGUAUUGAUGGAGUUCCCAGAGUUGUUUACCGAGGUUUCCGGGCGCAAGGAGCCAAUUAUGAAGCGUACCACCUUGGUUGCCAACACCUCCAACAUGCCUGUGGCCGCGAGAGAGGCGUCCAUUUACACUGGUAUCACCUUGGCCGAGUACUUCAGAGACCAGGGUAAGGACGUUUCGAUGAUUGCAGACUCCUCUUCUAGAUGGGCUGAGGCCUUGAGAGAAAUCUCCGGUCGUUUGGGUGAAAUGCCGGCCGAUCAGGGGUUCCCGGCGUACUUGGGGGCCAAGUUGGCUUCUUUCUACGAGCGUGCCGGUAAGGCCGUUGCCCUCGGGUCGCCGGACCGUAUCGGGUCCGUGUCCAUCGUCGCUGCCGUCUCUCCAGCCGGUGGUGAUUUCUCCGACCCCGUCACCACCUCCACCUUGGGUAUCACCCAGGUCUUUUGGGGGUUGGACAAGAAGUUGGCGCAGAGAAAGCAUUUCCCGUCGAUCAACACCUCGGUCUCCUAUUCCAAGUACACCAACGUGUUGAACAAGUACUACGACUCGAACUACCCAGAGUUCCCAACCUUGAGAGACAGAAUUAGAGAGAUCUUGUCCAACGCCGAGGAGUUGGAGCAGGUGGUGCAGUUGGUCGGGAAGUCCGCCUUGUCUGACGCCGACAAGAUUGCCUUAGACGUGGCCAACUUGAUCAAGGAGGAUUUCCUCCAGCAGAAUGGGUACUCUACCUACGAUGCCUUCUGUCCGAUCUGGAAGACCUUUGACAUGAUGAGAGCCUUCAUCACGUACUACGACGAGGCCCAGAAGGCCGUCGCCAACGGCUCACAAUGGUCCAGAUUGGCCGAGUCCACUUCCGACGUCAAACACAAGGUCUCGUCCGCCAAGUUCUUCGAGCCGAGCAGGGGUGAGGAAGCUGGGAAGGUUGAGUUCGAAGACUUGUUGACCACCAUCGCCGAGCGUUUCGCCGAGGCUUCCGAAUAGGCAUAGAUGUUCGCUUUUUUCUAAUUUAUCUGUAUCAAAAGGAGGUUGUAGAUUGAGAAUAUGAUUGGGAGUAUGACCGGG